ACACGUCAGGUGGCCAAUGCGGAAUUGUGACGCCGCCGCCAACCGACUGAUGCACCUCCUCGCUGCUAUGGUGCUACUGUGCGCAAGCAAUUGCGCACGCGCUGAUGUCUGCGCGACUGCGACCACGUGUCUAGCGAACGGUGUUGCCGCGUGCACGACCAAUUGCCCGCCGUGCAUCUACUCCACCGGCGGCAGCUUCACAUGCUUUGAACCAAUUGCGUCAGGCUGCCCGUUUGGGGUACCGCUGGCUGUGUGCAACGGAAAGGGCAUCUUCAUGUCGGCCCCCGCGACGACAUCGUCGACGCCGGUCACAACACCUACCACAAUACCAAGCCCCUCCGCAACACCGACUCCGAUGACAUCCUUGCGCAUGACAACGACACCACCAACGGCAAGUCCGCUCAACCAGACCGCCUCGAUUGCGACACCGGCGGCCUCCAAUGCAACGUCGACAAACACCACAACAUCGACGACGCCCAGCGGCACCAUCUUUGGUGUCAUUGGGUGUGCGAUUGCGACGAUCCUUCUCCUUGGUUGCCUUGCGUACCAGCGCAAUGCGGCCCAGCAAAAGAACCGCAACAAUAGCUGGACGAGCCCCACGACGCAUCCAAGCUUCCUCAUGACCAUGGACGCGCCACCUAAGACCAAGGGUGUAAAUGAGACGACAGUUGCUCAGCGCGGCCUUGUCGCGCCGGCCACGACGCCGUAUGCCAAGCAAGACCGAUCGUUCACGAUGUCGCGGUCCAGCACGUCGACAGACGCCGAGCGCCGCGACUCGCUCGUGUCAAUCCAAAGCACGUCCUCGAACGGGUACUCACAAAGCCUCUUUGGGCGCACGAAGGAGGUUGUCAUUGGAAGCUCCGUCUCGAGCUCCGUCUCAAGUGUCUCGAGUAUCUUUGAGAUUGGCCGCCAGCAUGAUCGCGACGUGCUCAACGACAGCUUCAUCACGUCUGGGCACAUCGCGGAAGAAGAGGAUGACGAGCCGUGGGGUCAAAAGCGCGACUCGGUUGUCAUCAUGGACGACGGCCACCACGUGCUCAUGGAGUCGCACGGCGACGAUGACGAAGACGAUGUGUUUGACAAGUCGGUCGACGAUAUGCGUGAGACCCGCACGAGCGUCCGCCUCUUUAGCGAGUGCUCUGUGCUCUCCGACAUGUCGGACAUGCCCGACUUCGGCACUGCCCGUAUUUAGUCGUCGUCGUACCCUUAUUUUAUUCUAUCGGACUUGCGUCGUUUCUCGAUAGAUGGCUGUG